CUAUGUUUUGUUUCUGUGUGGAGGUGCGGGCUGCUGCAGGUUGGGGACCGGCUGCUGUCCAUUAACGGGAUCCCGACUGAAGAUGGCACUUUGGAGGAAGCCCAUCAGCUGCUCAGAGACUCUGCUCUGGCCAAUAAGGUCACAGUGGAGAUUGAGUUUGAUGUCGCAGAGUCAGUGGUUCCCAGCAGCGGCACUUUCCACGUCAAACUACCCAAGAGGAGAGGAGUGGAGCUGGGCAUCACCAUCAGUGCUAGUAAAAAACCUGGAAAGCCCCUCAUCAUCUCCGACAUCAGAAAAGGAAGCAUAGCACACAGAACAGGCACUCUGGAGCCUGGAGACCGGCUGCUGGCCAUCGACAGCGUGCGUCUGGAGAACUGCUCCAUGGAGGACGCCAUGCACGUCCUGCAGCAGGCCGAGGACAUGGUCAAACUCCGAAUCCAGAAAGACGAGGACAACAUUGAUGAGUUGGAGAUGUCGGGCUCUAUAAUCUACACAGUGGAGUUAAAGAGAUAUAACGGACCGCUGGGCAUCACGAUCUCUGGGACAGAGGAGCCCUUUGACCCCAUCGUCAUUUCAGGCCUCACCAAGAAAGGCCUGGCAGAGAGGACCGGAGCCAUCCAUAUAGGAGACCGAGUGCUGGCCAUCAACGGGGUCAGUCUGAAAGGGAAGCCGCUGAGCGAGGCCAUCCACCUCCUGCAGAUGGCCGGGGAGUCUGUCACCCUCAAGAUAAAAAAACAAGCUGACAAGUCUGAUGGCCAGCGGCCUCUGGACAGAGAAACUGGGUUUUUAAGCGACACAGAGGAUGAGCUGACAGACUCCCAAAAAACCAGCAAACACUCUGAGGUCUACUCUGCCACUCUGCCCAGUUUAGACUCUGCCAUGAGCUCCUGGGAUAGCUCAGGGUUCGAUGCAGGCUACGGUAGCCAAGGGACAUAUCUCCACAAAGCCUCAGACCUAUUGCUCAAUCCAAAUGACUGGCGACGCACGAAGCUCAGAAACCAAAUCAGCUCCAGCUCUGCAGGCCUGGUCCACCACUCAGCGCUGUACGAUGGGAGGUUCACUGAGGACGAGUGGGAUAAUAUACCUGGAUUCGUCAGCCCCCCUCGUUGCCAUGGCACCCUGAACCAGGAUGACAGCUUCUGGUCCCAGGCUCUGCAGGACCUGGAGACCUGCGGACAGUCGGAGAUACUCAGGGAGCUGGAGGCAUCCAUGACAGGUAGCGCUCUCAGUCUGUACCUGGAGGAAACCAAGACCAACGACGACUCAAUGUUUCGCUCUGAAAUCAGUCCCAUUAAAAGGGAAGCAAUGCACUUUGAGUCUAACAACAAAACCAACCUGCACAUGUUGACUGGAAGCAGAGACCUACCCCCCCGGGGCAGAGGGGACCCCUCGGAUAUCGUGUCCCCUACCACGCUGGCACUGCACAAGGUCACCUUAAGGAAGGACCAUGACAGCAAUGACUUUGGCUUCAGUGUAUCCGACGGGCUUCUGGAGAAAGGAGUUUUUGUCAACAUGAUCCGCCCCGACGGCCCAGCUGACCAGGCGGGGCUGAAACCCUUCGACCGCAUUCUUCAGGUGAACCGAGCCAGGACCAGGGACUUGGACUGCUGUCUGACUGUACCUCUUAUUAUAGAGGCAGGGGCCGCCCUGGACCUGGUCAUUAGCAGGAAUCCUCUGGCAGCAGACCCCGGGCGGCCCGACGACUCCAACGACCGCUCACAUUCACUGUUCUGCUUUCACGAGCAGCCCAGGACCAACAGCAUCGCCCUGUGACCACACAGAUAGACGGUAUAGCUUUAUGAAGCACUGGGACCACACACACGCAUACACACACACACACUGUUGUGCACGGUACAUUUAUCACACAGUACCUCUCUGACACACCAACAAAGAACGGCCAUUCUCACCGCCUGAAAGCAUCCCUCACUCACAAAGUUACAAGUGCAUGUGUUCACUUCUGCCGGAAUUAGUCACUGUGUUCCCAUGAUGCAGUUCAGAGGAGGCUCUGGCUUCAGCCCCCUCCCCCCCACCUCCCACCUCACCGCUUUCCUCUCCAGAGGCAAAGCCACAUGCAGGCUUAUAUAACAGGAGGAGUCAUAGCUUCUGACUGAGCCAGGAUGUUAACACACAGGCCUCUGGAGAGUCAAACACUGCACACACACACAUACGCACACUUCUUAUAUAUUUUAUAUCUUUUGCUCUGAUUGAGCUUCACGUUUCCAUUUAUUAUGCAAUCUUUUUGUUGCACAUAAAAGAUUCACAUGCAAUUCUUUAUAAAACACGCACGCACUGACACACAGGGUGUAAAUGGACUCAAGGUCCAAGGCCCUUAUGCUUAUUUGAGUAAUUUCAUACACGACAUGGCUGACUGCCCUUGUUUCCAUUCUCUUCCCACACUGCCCGUCCCACAGAAGUGACAGGACCUCCAAAUAGACAAAAUGCUCCCUGGUAGUUUCCAAGGCUCGUUAGCUGAAUUUAAAACCUCCUUACAUUUUAAUACCAGGAAUGCUUGUGAAGACACUCUACUCUGUUUUUCCUUGACGGUUUAAUAGUUUCUGAAUGGUUCCAGAGGGACUCUACUGUUCUCCAGUUAUAUACAUUUAGUUUUUUUUGCUCCCGUUUUGAUGACUCACCCUCACAUUAACAAAAAUGCUGUUUUCAGUUUCUGCACAUGUUUCUUGCUAGCACUGCGUUUGCACAGAAGGCACAUUUUAUGAUUUAUUUCUUGAAAAUUCCCUCACUUUCACAUUUCACUGUGUGACUCAGGCAUGUGGCAUUACACCAGAAUGACUUAAGGGUUGGUUGGUGGACCAUCACUGAUGCUUCCUUAAGUGAAUUACAUCCUUUCCCAAAACGGAGGAUGAAAUGCCUUUUUACAUUUUCAGUGAUUAAUGAUUUUCUUGUUCUCAGUCCACAUCUGAUGUUCCUCUCUGCAGUAGCUGUUUUCUCUACCGUUCUCAAAAAGCAUGUAAGGCAUGGGUUUGUCUUUAGCAAGUAUCCCUCACUUUAAAACAAAAACGGUAUUGGAAUUUGAUCUUUGUUGGGGUGCCCCCUUUCAUCAUGUCUGUGUUUUUAUAAAGCUUUAGUGUAACAAAUCUGGCCUGCUGAUCCAGCUUCCUCUGGAGAUGAGAACCUGAUUCGUGUGUUGGCCGAUGUGAAGAUGUUGUGAGAUAGUUGUGAUGUCCUGUUCAGAGAAGAUUGAAUAAUCCUUGGGGCAGUGACAUUUUGUUUUUAUCUGAUCCAGAUAUUUCUUAUAUAAAAUGACAUGUUAUACACAGAGGCCUAUUUCUAAGGUAUUUUAUUAAUUUACUGUAUCUUUUAUUUUGCUGUAUAAUGUAUCAUUGGCAUGCUUUAUUUUCAUUUAAAGUAUAUGCACACAUUGAGUAUCUUCAUGAAAGCUGUGAUACUGAAUGUGGCUGCACAUUGUGUGGUCAAUUACAACAUCCUCCCUGAAUAAGUCAGGAAUAGUUUCAAAGUAACUUGAAAUAUUUAUUUAUUAAUAUGAUUUUUAUUUUUGUUAUUUAAUUUAUUAUAAACUAAGAAAUGCAUUUCUUUUUAUGAGAAUAAAGUUCAUGAAACCAUAGUU